AUUGGUUACUACGAUUCAGUGUGAACGCAGCUUAAGGCCAUAGUCGAAGGUGCAUCUAUCCGUCGGUCUGUUGUCCCUUUCACCGCGCAGUGGGGCGCGUGGGAGGCCACUUAGGGAUUUAAUCGCAAUUUUAACUGGGACUAGCCUUCGUCGUAGUUCAGUCUGAACUCAGUCACCGUCAUGAAUAUCUGCAGUCGAGGAUCUGUAGUCGUGAAGAAUUUUUCAACAGGCUGUACUGACCCAACACGAGCUAUCGUUGCCUUCGAUCGUACGUUGCAUCGCGACUGACUGAAGUAUCCAUUGUCCGUAACGAAAGGUACCACUGGGACUUGAGAUAAAAUAAGAAACGAUGCACCUGCCGGUAUAUAGUUGUGUACGAGAAUGUCUGGUAUGCGAGAUCAUCUGAAAGUGAACGUUGGUGACCAGGAUCCGUGCGAGAGUCUGGCUACCAAAAUAAAAGUGUACGGUGUCGAAUAAAUUAAUUCGUGAAAAUAAUAAAUUGGAUAUUUGAGGAAAGAAAAAGUUAUCAUUAAUUCGUGUAAUACUAUUAUGAAGAAUCUUAACGAUUAAAAAGAAGCUUGAAGAAUUUCUGAAGUAAUCAAGAUUACAUGGGAAUUGGAUACGCUUCGCGAUCUUUGUGAAUCUAACCUGUGCUUUGUUCGUAACUCGUGAAGAAAUGACAGUGAGACGAGAACAAUAAUUGUAGAGACUUUUCAGUUAUGACGUGGUGACAUAAAGUGCGUGAGACUGAGGUGCAGUGCGAAUUUCGUUUGUUAUCGAAGACAAACGACUGCGUUGCGUAAUGGUAAGGUUAGAAAGAGAGUAAAUACAAGGCACAAAACAGCUACUUGUGGGUAACACGGCUCGUCGUUGUUCUGCGUUCGCAAAACUCAUAUUUCUCGCACUGUCGUGACUGAAAUCUUUUUCCUUUUUUCCUUGAGCCACGGUUACCGGAACAUUGUUAUACGAAGUUUGCGCAAUACUCGCCAUAGAAAGCCGAGCUGAGGUGAAACUAACGUCUGGGUGAAGAUUCAAUUAAGAAUACGGCAAGGCAUACAUACAUUGUUUCUUAGAGUUCCAGGCCAAUUAGCUAAGUCGAUGCGAGCUCAGGAGACAGCCGUUGAAGCUCCUAAUACGUAAAUGGCCAUGUUUCCGUUUAAAUCGAAUAAAAUGAUAAUGACUUUGUAAUACGUGAUUUUUGUUGAACUUUCGUGGAAGUUCUGUGGUCACGGUCAAACGCCUCUUACUACGUAACAGGAAGUGCGGAGGACUUCCGGCGAGAUCGCAGCUGUGAAUAAGUGCCAGGAUAUUUGUGAUUUUGUUAAUUAACGGUUGAAUACAUUUUUUUUUAAAUAAUGGAGGACGUUUACGUGAUUAAGGUCAAAACAAAGCCACCCCUGUCUUCGCUGUAUCCAUCGGAACGCCGAUACUCCGCGUCAACGGUUGGUGGAUUGGCAUUGGUGCACUUUGGCCUUGGCGCCCUUGCUUUGCUCCUUGGCAUCCUGGCUCAGUCUCUUCAAGGACCAAUAAUGUCUCUUGCUUGCCUGGUACCGUUUGCUACUGGGCUUCUAGCCUGGAGAAGAUGGUACAUCGAUCGGAAUAUAGGAAUCUUCUUUUACGGAAGUCUCUUCUCUAUGGUGGCAGCUAUUUUGUGCUUGGCCGCUACAGUUUUCGAUAUCGCUGCCGUCACGGAAGGAGGCGUGAGUUCACCCUGGACACUGGAGAACAUCCUGGCUGCUCCUGAAGAAGUCAUGCGCACCGGCGAAGAUCCUAGAAACGUAUCGUCCAAUCAAGAAUCACUUUUGGAAAUUGUAAAUAAUUAUGAAAAUAUUCAAAAUAUAUUUAACGAUACUCAGCAGCAACAUCAGACUGCAUCAGGAUAUUUAAAGACUGGGACAAAGGAUGCUCCAGGUUAUAACGCUGACGAUGAUCUGAAGCAAGAAGCUUCGAUGAUUUAUGAGAGGAAAUUGGAUGAAAAUUAUACCGACGGGUCCUCUGAUAUGUUUGGUAACGAUGUGAUAUCCUUCUGGCAUACAGGUCCCGGAGGAUCGGAUCAUACCAGACUCUUGUUAAAUAUAAACGUAUUAGUCGCCUGUCUUUUGGAAAUAUUCUGGUCUGCGUUAAGUGCAAAAAUUGCUUUGCGCGGUAUGAACAAUCAUCUGACAGAACCCGGAUAUCAAGGCAACGUGGUGUCAGCGUCCAAGGAUCUGAGACCGGGUCAAAGGACCAAGCCAAGAGCACCUAGGCCAGACAUUCUAAAUCACGCUCAUAAACAUUCCGGAAGUCUGCAGAGCCUGAACUCCCUUCAAAGUAUCCAGAGUUCAGGACCUCGAUUGCCUUUGCCAGAGUCCAGUCGUGAAUUUCGAGAAAGGGUCGAGCGUUUUCUGACCAAUCAGGCGGCGCACAGGAUCGUCGAAGGAUCAUGUUCCUGAAGAUUAGUGCCAACAUAAUAAUUCCUACCAACCCACUGUCUGGUAUUAUUUUUAAAAAACUAUCGCAAACACUCACCUAAGGAUCUAGGUAAUUUCUUCGUCGAUACUAAAACCGGAAAUCGAUCCAAUUUGAAAAAAUUAUGUAAAUACUAUUGUAAAUAAACAAUUAGUGCUCGCGCCAAUUAAGAUAUAUAUUAUGAUAAAAAGCGAAUUUCUGCAAGUACAAGAUAAUUAGUAAUCGCAAUUAUCAAUUCUGCAAAGGAUACGUUACUUGAGUUUCCUCAAUGUCGUCGAAACGCUUUUCAUCGACAAAUAGAAUAAGAUGGAUUUCAUAUCCUAUUGACGAUUACUUACGAAUAGUAUAUGUAUAUACAAUAAACGCUGUAUUUUUUAGUUCUA